CAGUGCUUCAAGAUUGCUAGACAAAAACUACUGUUGCGACUUCUGCAGACACGAGUCCUGUAUCAUACCCUGAACCUCUCCCUCUCCCCUAACACUCGCCCAUUAUAAGUUAUUGCCUCUUGCUACUCACCCUACGCAAUUCCUAAUUAACCAGCCAUGGGUAUUGUUUCCUGGCAGCCUGCAAAGGCAAUAUGGACCCUCGUCGCCAUCAUCAUCAACGCCGCGCGACUGCCAGUAUGGGUGAUCUGGUACCUCCCUGUGUCUAUGCGACCACACCCAGCAUGGACCUACAGGCAGGCGAUCAUGGUCGAAAUCGUGCGGUCGUUCCUUUGGAAUGCUUCAAUGGUUCAGCUCAAGACUCCGCUGUCUUUAAAGCCGCUCGCUGAGCGACAGAAGUGGAAGGUCGCCCAGCCAGCAUCUUCGACCGCAUACACGGGACCAGCCAAUGCUGAUCCCAACAUCAAGCCGGAAUCGGUGGGUGGAACCUGGUACCCAACUCCACCUCCACAAGGUGGCUUGAACAAGCCAAAGAUCGUCGUCAUGCAUCUCCACGGCGGUGCAUACGUUAUUGGAGAUGGCAGGACGAACGACGCUGGUUUCGCCGCGAAGACUUUGAUCGAGCAGACCCCGGCCACGCACGUGUACGCUCCACAAUAUCGCUUGUCGUCGAACCCGGGCGGCCAGUUCCCUGCGGCUCUCCAAGAUGCGAUCACCGCGUACGCAUAUGUCGUCGAAGUCGAGAACAUUGCUCCGAGCAAAAUUGUCUUGUCUGGUGACAGUGCCGGCGCCAACUUGGCGCUCGCGUUGACUCGCUACCUGACUGAAUACGGUCCUUCGAUUGGCCUCGGGCUUCCCCUCGCAACUUGGCUUUGGUCGCCUUGGGUAUCGCCUUUGGGAUCUCUCACUUCAGAGAGCUUCAACAAGAGCGAAAACAAAGCUACGGAUUAUAUCACAGCUUCUUUUGGCGCCUGGGGUGCACAUAGCUACCAGCCUAGAAAGGAGACGGGCAUCACCUUGGACCACCCCUACAUCAGCUUCACCAACACACAUGUUUUCUCGACACCCGUUCCAAUCUACAUCUCGACCGGAGAAUGCGAGGUCCUCUAUGGUGAAGACGUCAGACUGGCCGAAAGCAUGGCUUCGAUCAAGGGUAACGAUGUGACGCUACAGGUCGAGGAGCACAGCGUCCAUGAUACAAUCCUGGCUGCUCCGCUUGUUGGCUUUGAGAAGGAAGCUACUCAAGCUGCUAAGAGAGCAGGAGAUUGGUUAAGAGAAAUCGAUAAGACUGCAAAGUUGUAA